AUGUUUUUAGCACGUUCUCAUCUGCGUUUCUUGCGAUGGGGCAAGCAAUCAUCACGCAGAUAUUUUGCAAACAGUGCAACAGCAAAUGCGUCUAAAACUAAUGCCGAAGUGGAUGAAAUAGCGUAUCCUCACUUACAGAAUGCAGAACAUCAUGAUCUGCCCAGUUUUCUAGAAUAUGCAUCACGCAACAACAUGGACACAGGCAGUACUACAUAUGUAGGAACUCAUUAUGAAUAUAUGGUCAAGCAAGCAUUGGAACGAUUGGGAAUGUCUCUCAGGCAAGUUGGUGGAAGAUCAGACUGUGGUAUCGAUCUUCUUGGAACUUGGUCAUUGCCCACAGCUCCCCAACCAUUAAAAGUCCUCAUACAAUGCAAAGCAUUUGCGUCCAAAAUGAAACCAGCUCAAGCUCGUGAAUUAGAAGGCACCUUUGUAGGUGCUCCGCAAGGAUGGAGAACAUCUAGUGUAAUGGCAUUUCUGGUUUCGCAGCAAGCAGCAACCAAAGGUGUAAGAGAAGCUCUAGGCAGGAGUCAAUGGCCGAUGGGUUAUGUACUGUGCGGAGCGGAUGGAAAGAUUAUGCAGAUGCUGUGGAACCGAAAAGCAGCUGAUGAAGGACUUGGAGGCUUAGAAGUUGAGAUGCAGUAUGCUGGUGGUGAUCGGAAUGAAAAGGAAGUCAUUCUGACACACAAGGGAACGGCUAUCAAAAAUUGA